AUGGCGUACAUUUACCCAAGUAGCAAUCCAGUACUUCUGAGAAUCGAUGGAGGACGCUACGGACUGGACUCCCCCAAAACGGAAGCCAAAGGGCUUCUCCUGACACCGGUACACAUCCAUGGAGCGGCCGAUCGACUUGGCUGUGAUCCUCAAACACGUUUCAAUGUCCCGCCCAACACGAAGCAUUGGAUAGCGCUCCUGCAGCGCGGGAACUGUACGUUUAAGGAGAAGAUCCUGCGCGCUGCAUCCCAUAAUGCCUCAGCUGUCGUCAUCUACAAUAACAACUCCAAGGAAGAGACGGUCACUAUGACUCACCAAGCGGCCGAUCGACUUGGCUGUGAUUCUCACAGCCUAUGA